AAAUGCAACUUUUUGAUUAUUUUUGUUGUGGCUCUAAGACAAAUUUACCCCUCACAGAUAAUCAAAUUGGCAGAGUAACCCAUCACCGGUUACCCGACUCAUCACAGAACGAUCAAACCCUUCUCUAGGUUCUCCUCCAUUCUCCUCUCCACCUGCAACGGUCACCACCACCGAAACAGCGAGGCAGAGAGAAAACAAAGGGCUAAUCUUCUGCUGCUCCUUCUGUGCCUCAGCACGUUGAGUUCUCCUUUUUCGAGUAAUCGGAUUUUUAUACUGUUCCAACCUCUUUCGCCCACAGGUUGGGGGCAAAUCGCAUCUCUGACAUUAUGGCAAGGUCACUUUCAAAUAUUCUACUGAAGGGCGUCGCAGUCUUUCCUGCGGCUCGUUCAAGUAAAAUGGUAUCUGAAUCCUUUUAUUACAAUGGAACGAGAUACUCAACUACUGUGCCACAUGAUCCUGACACACAUGAAGAUUUCAGACCAACUAGUAAGCUUGAGAGUUCAGGCCUUUCUUUGAAGGACAUUGUUGAGCAGGAUGUCAAGGACAACCCUGUGAUGAUUUACAUGAAAGGGGUGCCUGAUCUUCCUCGCUGUGGGUUCAGCUCACUGGCAGUAAGAGUAUUGAAAGCAUAUAAUGUUCCUUUGAGCGCAAGAAAUAUUUUAGAAGAUCCUGAGCUGAAAAAUGCUGUAAAAUCAUUUAGCAACUGGCCUACAUUUCCACAGAUAUUUAUUAAGGGGGAGUUCGUUGGGGGAUCUGAUAUUAUUCUUAACAUGCACCAGACUGGUGAACUAAAGGAAAAACUCAAGGAUGUCUCUACCGAGCAGGAAUAAAUCUACAUAAACCUGUUGCUGAAUUUAGAUAUAAGUGGGAAAGCUUGUUCAAAUAUUCUUUUUUGUUGUUAUUUUUUUGUUUAUUGCUAAACAAAGAUAAUAGGUGAUUAGGUGUUCCAAGCAAUCGUUGAUAGAGUUUAGCUGUUGGCGUUAUAAGCUUGUCUUGUUGACAUUUUCAAAUAGACGCAGCUUUCUUUUCAUAUGUUACCUCCCUAAGCUUUAUUGCAUGAGAAUAUCUUCUCUAAAA